CGCUCAGCAAUUCCAUCACCGUUUAGUAGCCAUCAAGUACAUCAACCCGCCCUGUAUACACACGACGAUACCUGAAAUCGUGCAAACCGCACUAAGCCCGAGGAAACGCGACGCCCGCCGGCGCCGCGACGCCCUCCCAUCUUCCUCUUCCUUCCGCACGAAAUCCAAAUCAUCCGGCGACUUUCCCCCGUCUUCGCCCGAAGGAAAACCGUCCGCGGUGAUGCGGUCGGUGCCUGUCAGUGUCUCAGAAACCGUCGUCGAGCGGCGUCCAUCGCGUGUCGUCGCCGUCGCGACGCCCACCGAACUUUUCCACAACACCGGAAAAAUCCACAAACCAACAAACCGCUAAUCAAUCUACGUCGAAAAAAAAACACAUCGUUUUCGUGAACGCAUUGUUUAGUACUUCGUUGAAUUAACAUACAGGGUGGUUCAUUUAAGUGCGCGUUGUUGAAAGAUGGCGCGUUGGGAGUCGAGUAAGAGGCCGUUGUACGUGAAAACCGUGUGGAAAGACGGGCAACGCCACGUUUUGCUGGGCGAGCAAAGGCAGCAGGAAAGCGACAGGAAGCCCGGCAGGCGAUUGAUCGAGGUGCAGAGACCCGUCAGGUCGGCUGUGACAAGCAGUUUGGUCAAUUUGGAGGUGUCUUCGGUGCGUUUGCUGGACUCGGAGGAGGUGCUGAUGAAGCGCAGGUGCAAGACGGGCGCGAGGAAGCGAUCGAAAAUCGAUUCGAAAUCGAUGAACGGGGAGCGUUUGAAGGAGAAUUGCGAUGUGUCGGAAUCGAAGGUGGUGGAGAAGAUUAGCGAGGCUUGUUUGAAUUCGGUGCAGUUUAAACAAGCGCGGUUUGUCGAUGAUAAUCUGGCUGAGAAGGUGCUCGUUUGGUUGGAUUUGGCGACGCAAAACGGACAAUUUCCCGCUUAUGUAAAUAUGGAACAUCCUGUAGAUAACCAAAACCCGCCUAGUUUAUUCAAAAAACGACGAGUUUUCACCAAAAAACGAUGCUUUUCCUCCUAUCACGAACACGAUUUCGAAAUCUUCAAACCCCUAUUGCACGUGGAAAGCAUCUCUCCAAUUCUACAGGUAGCCGACGUGUUAAAAAACGCCAGCGAAUCGCCUAUAGAUGAAGAAAAAAUCGAUUACGUUUCGUCAGUGUUGGAAGAUAAUUAUCCAGUGGAAAAUAUCGAUUCAUCGUGUCGAGAGCACCCGAAAUCAUCAAUCAAAAGGCAAUUGCACAUAUUCCUGCCAAAUAUGAAGAAGAAAUCCGGCGUUUCCGACAGCGAUUUGAGCUACACAAAGUGCAUUUUAUAAUUUGUUUUUUGUAAAU